AUGGCGAUGGCGGGGCCCGGGCCCGGCGGCGCGGCGGCGCCGGCGGGCGAGACGAAGGUGAUCUACCACCUGGACGAGGAGGAGACGCCCUACCUGGUCAAGAUCCCGGUGCCCGCCGAGCGCAUCACGCUGGGCCACGUCAAGGCGGCCCUGGCGCGGCCCGGCGCCAAGUACUUCUUCAAGAGCAUGGACCAGGACUUCGGGGUCGUGAAGGAGGAAAUCUCGGACGACAACGCCACGCUGCCCUGCUUCAAUGGCAGGGUUGUUUCCUGGCUUGUGUCUUCGGAGUCGCCCCAGCCAGAGCCGCCUCCGCCACUGCCCCCCCCAGAGGUACGACCGGAACCUUCCCCCCCGCCUCCCCCGCUUCCUCCGUUGCCUGUGGAGCGGACCAGCGGCAUCGGGGAUUCCCGGCCCCCCUCCUUCCACCCAAACGUUUCUGGCAGCCAUGAGAACCUGGACCACGAGACGGAGACGGAGUCUGUCGUGUCCUUGCGGCGGGAGCGGCCACGGCGCAGGGAGAGCCUGGAGCACGGGGGUGGGCACCGGCUGAAUGGGCAGUCGCGGCUGGAGCGGCACCUGGCUGGCUACGAGAGCUGCUCCACCCUGCUCACCAGCGAGCUGGAGACCACCAGCCUCUGCGACUCGGAGGACGACGACACCAUGAGCAGGAUCAGCAGCUCCACGGAGCAGAGCAGCGCCUCCCGCCUCCUGAAGCGCCACCGCCGGCGGCGGAAGCAGCGCCCCCCGCGCCUGGAGCGGACCUCGUCCUUCAGCAGCGUCACGGACUCGACCAUGUCGCUCAACAUCAUCACCGUGACCUUGAACAUGGAGAAGUACAAUUUCCUGGGCAUCUCCAUCGUGGGGCAAAGCAACGAGCGGGGGGACGGCGGCAUCUACAUCGGCUCCAUCAUGAAAGGGGGAGCCGUGGCGGCGGACGGCCGGAUCGAGCCCGGGGACAUGCUCCUGCAGGUGAACGACAUCAACUUCGAGAACAUGAGCAAUGACGACGCCGUGCGGGUCCUGAGGGAGAUCGUCCACAAGCCGGGCCCGAUCGUGCUGACCGUGGCCAAGUGCUGGGACCCGUCCCCGCAGGGGUACUUCACGCUGCCUCGAAACGAGCCCAUCCAGCCCAUCGACCCUGCGGCCUGGGUGUCCCACUCGGCUGCCCUGACGGGGGCCUUCGCACCGUUCCCCGGGAGCAGCUCGAUGAGCACCAUCACCUCGGGGACCUCGGUCGCCGAGACAGAGCGCUUUGACGACUUCAACCUCUCCAUCCACACGGACAUGGCUUCCGUCACCAAGGCGAUGGCCUCCCCCGAGUCUGGCCUGGAGGUCCGGGACCGCAUGUGGCUGAAAAUCACCAUUCCCAAUGCUUUCCUAGGCUCCGACGUGGUGGACUGGCUGUGCCAUCAUGUGGAGGGCUUCCAGGACCGCCGGGAGGCCCGCAAGUACGCCAGCAACCUGCUGAAGGCCGGCUUCAUCCGCCACACGGUCAACAAGAUCACCUUCUCGGAGCAGUGCUACUACAUCUUCGGCGACUUCAGCGGCUGCGAGAACUACAUGGCCAACCUCUCCCUCAACGACAACGAUGGCUCGAGCGGGGCCUCCGACCAGGACACGCUGGCCCCGCUGCCGCUCCCCGGCGCCACCCCCUGGCCGCUGAUGCCCACCUUCUCCUACCAGUACCCGGCGCCGCACCCCUACAGCACCCAGCCGCCCCCGUACCACGAGCUCUCCUCCUACAGCUACGGCGUGGGCAGCGCUGGCAGCCAGCACAGCGAAGGCAGUCGGAGCAGUGGGUCCAACCGCAGCGACGGUGGCGGGGGCAGCGGGGGCGGCCGCGGGGCCGCCAAGCACAAGGAGGAGAAGGCCGGGGCGGAUUCCAAGUCGGGCAGCGGAAGCGAGUCGGAGUACUCGGCGCGCGGCGGCGGCCCGCGAGGGGGGGCCGUGGCCGGGCCCGGCGGGGAGGGGGCUGUGCCGCGCGGGCAGCACAGCCUGGGGGGCGGCAGCGUGCGCUCCCACCACUCCCUGCACGCAGCCUACGCGGCCCCCGGCGGCGUGCCCUUGGCCUACAACCCCAUGGUGGUGAUGAUGGUGCCGCCCCCGGCCCCGGCCUCCGCCGCCGCCGCCGUGCAGCCCCCCGGCGCCCCCCCAGUGCGCGACUUGGGCUCCGUGCCCCCCGAGCUCACCGCCAGCCGCCAGUCCUUCCACAUGGCGAUGGGCAACCCCAGCGAGUUCUUCGUCGACGUGAUGUGACCGGAGGGCGGCCCCGGAUCGCCGCGGCCUCCUCUCACGAGCCUUCGCAACGCCAGACCUCUCCUGACCUCUGCGACCAACGGCCACGUGGCGGGGGGGCCUGGGCCCCUCCGUCCCCCGCCUCCCGGGGCCCCGUGGGGCACCACUGCCCUCCUGGUCGUGCCGCGGCGCCCG